CCCGCGUACGACGUCGCAUUACUUGUGGAGCUGCGCCAUCCUGUUUGUUGUCUCUCCCGUUCCUCUGUUUCUUUCUCGAUCGGAGACUGGCAAAACCUCUUCCCCUCCCUCUCCUUUUUGAAAUCUCCAAUUUUCCCGCCUUGUCUCCACUCAGUCUCCGACUCUCACAGAGUCGUCGUCCUCCUCAGUUUACAAGUAGCAGGGCGAUUAGGGUUAGGGUUAGGGUUUUCACCUGGGGGAGGCCUCAGGGCUCAGCGAUCGUACUCGUCAUCGAAAGGAAGAGUUGGUCAGGGCUUCUGACAAAUGUCAACCACAGAAGCGCUCUACUCCAAACUCUACGAUAAGUACUCGAAAAUCAAGACAAAGAAAUGGUCGGAGUUGGAAGAUAUUGGUAAAGAUCAAGAAGGAAAGUUCAAGCAUUAUGUAUCUGUUGCGGAGGAGUAUAUUCAACAUUUGCGAAAUGAAAAUGAGAGGUUGUACUUGGAAGUUGGUGAUCUGAGAAGUGAAGUUGCUUCUAUUAGGUCCACCAAAGCUGAACAAUGUACCGAGUACCAGAAUCGUUUGUUGGAAGAGAACAGGAAAAAUGAAAAACUUUCUGAAGAAAUAGAGAGGCUCCGAAAGCUGCAGCAGGAGGGAAAUUUUAGCAGAUCGAAAGGUAGCAACACAGACAAUGGACUGUGUACACCUGCUAGUGGUCAAGUAUCAGGAGAAGCAGGAAAUCUCUCAAAGAGAAGAAGGACAAGUAAGCGUAGAAAGAAUUCCCAGUCUGAGGCAGAGGAUUUAGUUAUGCCUUCUAGUGUGGCUCUUGUAACUGUUCAAGAGCCACAAUGGUGUAGAACUAUUGAAAGACCAGGUUGUGCAAAACCAAUUGGCCAAGUUAACUGCGUGUUUCAAGUGCUUGUUGAGUAUAUGGUGGAUUUAAAGUUCUCGACUGUUAGUCAAGCUGAAGAAAUAUGCAUCUCAGCUGUGCAUCAAUCAAGUGGUUACGCCUUCAAUCUUACAUGGAUCAACAGAGCUGCUGGUAACGAAGUAGAACUUCUGUAUCGCACCGCAUCCUUGGGGACGCUUGAGAGGGAAGCACCAGAAUGGAUGAAGGAUGACAUAGUUUUAAGCACAAACAUGUGCCCUAUCUUCUUUGAAAGGUUAUCUCGUGUUGUCAAGCUGCACUCCUAGUCCCCCUGCCCCUCAUAUUCAUCUUUUUAAGGAUCAUUGUAGGUUAUGUAUACUGAAAAUUCUCCCUCUGUUUGUUUUUUUCUGUGUGAACGGUUGAAAUUUAACUAAGUCUCACACCAGAUAUUGAUAACACGAUCCUUUGCAUUUGAAUUGAAAUUAAGAACAUUUUAUUUGA